GAAGUUACACCUUAGAAACAAGCUUAGUUGAUGAAGCACUGGUGUAUUUAGUGUGAUGUAGAUUUUGUUUUCUAAAAGCUAAUCUUGGAAAUAUAUAAAUGGAGAUGUUGUCUGAAAUGAAGCAAGAGAAUAAUUCAAGGAUCUUAUCUCAUCCAAAUAAACGGAAUAGUCAACAGAAAAAAUUUUAUUCUAAAUAUUCGACUCGUUUAUUUCAAAAUCCUAGCAACAAAGGUACUCAUGGACGUAGAGGACCUGGAUUAUAUCGAUCAACAGUGAAUGAAUCAUCAUUAGAACAAACUAGUUUGUCACUAAAUCUACUCCAUAAACGUUUAUUUAAAUUUAAACCGUCAUUAACUCCUGGACUUGGUACAAGAAGAGUUGUUUCUAUAAACCCAAAGCAAGAUACAAAUCUUAAAUUCAGUAUGGAGCCUCGUCUAGGUGAUGAAGCAUUCACUGAAUGGAUUAAUGCCGUACGUCGUAUGGCUCGUGUAGGAGAUGGUUUACCACCAGCUAUUCGUUCACGUGUAUGGUCAACUCUUGCAGAUAGACAAUUAGCUAAGCAACAUGUCGAUUGGGAUCACGAGAUUAAAAUGGCUUUCAAUGAACCAUCUAAUCAAGAUGAUGAUAGAUUAGGUGAACAAAUUGUAAAAGAUCUACAUCGUACUGGAUGUGAACAGUUCGGAUCAGAUUCAGAUCGUGCAUCGUUGAAACGUGUUCUUCUUGCUUAUGCUCGAUGGAAUAAACGAGUGGGAUAUUGUCAAGGUUUUAAUGUAAUAGCUGCCGGUGUGCUAGAUGUUACUGGUAGAGAUGAAAAAAAAGCAUUCAAAAUCAUGGUCUAUUUAAUUGAUUAUGUUUUACCGGAAUCAUAUUUUGCACAAAAUUUACAAGCAUUAUCUGUAGAUAUUGCUGUUUUCCGACAACUUUUACAAAACAGAAUACCCGAAUUAGCGAAUCAUUUAGAUAAUUUACAAUUCAAAGCUGCUUUGGAAACAGAUUGUCAGCUGACUGGAAGACAAUUAUCUACAUAUAAACAAGAUAUUUUAUCGGGAAAAAGUCAUGGCGCUUAUGAACCUCCAUUGAUGAAUGUUUAUAUCAUUCAAUGGUUUCUUACUUUAUUUGCUACUUGUUUGGCAUCUGACGCAGUUCUACGUGUAUGGGAUAGCAUAUUACUAGAAGGUUCUGAGGUGAUCUUACGAACAGCUAUAGUCAUUAUGGAUUUCUUGAAAAGUCGUUUGUUAAAGGUAAAAUCAGCUGAUCAAUUUUACGCUACAAUGAGUAAUUUAAUGUCAGAAUUUUCAGAAGGUCGAAUAGUAAGCAGUCAAGAAUUAAUAUUUGAAAUCUAUGAACUAGCACCAUUUCCUUAUCCUGGAUUGAAAGAAUUACGUGAAAAGUUUAUGUAUAAUAUAGCUCCAUUAGUUUUAACAAAACAUUUAACUAUGAAUUCAUUUAAUAAUAAUACUAUUGAUGAUCAAAGUCUUUCAAAUAAUGAUGGGAAGAAAAUGAGCAAAUUUAAUUUAUUGAAAUAUUUUCCUUCAAAUUUCAAAAAAUCGAAAUCUUUACAGUCGGAUAAUGAUUAUAAAGGUUUAACAAAGUUUAAAAAUGAAAAAUAUUUGAAUAAACCUACUGGGUCUUCCAAAACCACCAAAGAUGAAUAUAGUAAAGAAAAACGACAUUGUGAUAUAAAAAGCAGUCACUGUGUACAAAACACGGAUAAGAGACGUUUGUCAACUACGGAAUUAGAUGAAGAAGAAUGCAUGGGAGAUAAUUAUCAAGAAAUUAGUUUGACUAUGGAUAUGGAUUCUGAAAUAGGGACGUUUUCUCAAAAACAAGCUCUAAAUUGUGAUACAUUAAAUGGUCAGAUUAGUAAUACUCAUUUUAAAGAAGCACACAAUAGAUCAAUAAACCGAUUUUCCAGUGAUCAAGUUAGGGGAAGUGUCAAAUGUUUUUCAGCAUUUUGGCCUGACAAACCAAAUAAUAUUGACUCAAGAUUUUCUAAUCAAUUAUAUGUUACUGAAAGUAGUUCAGUGAAGUCAUUACAAUUUUCUGUUAACGAUACUCUUCCUAGAAAUGUAUUUCGUCUGAGGAAUAUAGAAAGUAGUCCGUUGAAAGACGGCAGAGUAAAAGCGAAUUCAGAUAUUAGUCAAAUUGGUCCAGGAGCAGUUAGUGAUGCCCCAGAUUUGAUCCCUAUGCAUAAAACAUCUUCAGCUGAUCAGGCUCGUAUGACAAGAAAUCUUGACCAAUUAAAAUCUCAUUAUAAAAAACAACAAACACGUCAACGUUCAACUAUUAUUGUUCUACCGACAAAUAUUUUAAAAUCAGUCUGUUAUCAAACAAAUAUGAUUGCUAUACUCCCACAAAGAAAAUAUACACCAAAUAAAUCAUCGUCAUUUAGAAUAUCGAAUACAAAUAGUCAUUAUCCAGUCAAGUCAAUAAGUUUUGAUUCUUAUGAUACAUUAGGAAAUUGCUCUGAUAAUAAUCUCAGUGAAAUUGAUGACAAAAAUGAUUGCAAUACUUCUUCUCUAGAUAUUCUGGAUAAAAAAAUUGAUGAUACGCUAAAUGAUAGUCCUACAAUGGGUAUAAAUCAGAACUUAAUUGGUGCUGUAAAAUCUUGGCAAGAAAACGCUGAUUGGUCUGUUACUGUUGAUGAAAAUGAUGAUCCUAAUAAAAAAUUCUUUCUUGAUGAAUUGAGUGGUAAAGAAUUAUCAAUUAAACAUUCUAACAAUGCAAAACUUAAAUUAUGUGAAUUAGCAAGGUUUAAUAGUUUAGAAAUCUGUUUACCAAUGAAAUAUUCGUACUCAGAUGGAACAUUGAAUGGUCAUACUACAUCGAACAAUCAUACUGAUCAUAUCGAUUAUGAUGUAAACUCUACAAAUUCUUUAAUAUAUAAUAAAAAUAUUUAUGAUACCAAUAUAAUUUAUUCGAAAAAAACUAUUAAUGAAUUAAUUUUAAUGAAUAUGAUUAAAGAAUAUAAUCGAUUAAAGGAGGCCAACAAUAUGAAUAAUUUAAAAGAGUCAAAAAUUACACCUACACAAUCAUCAGUUGUAGUGUCUCAUGAAGCGAUUUCUCUGAAUGACACAGAUACUUCAUCUUGUUAUACGUCAGUUUCAAGAAAUAUACCGAAAAAGUUACCUUGGCAAGAAGCAGCAUAUUCCUUUGCUCUUAAUUGUCGUUUAAACAAAUUAAUCACUUCAAAACAGACAUGUGAAUUAUUUCCUGUAAAAACAUCGCUUACUCAAUCUCGAAGAGAGUUUGGAGCUAAAUUUGGUAUUUAUUAGGAUACAAAUUUCAAGAACUGAUCGAAUUUCUCAGGUUUCCAUUAUUAUUGCUAAAACUUUAGUGCUUAUUUCUGGUAACUCGGUGAUUAUAAAUUCAUAACAUUCGUUAUAUAGCAUAACUGUGUUUUGUAAUUACCUCUUCAUGAUUUUCAGAAGUUAUUCAUAUUCAUUCAUUUUUGGAGGAUUGGUGAUAAAUAUUUUAGAACAACAUAUAUAAUAUGGAAAGUUUUCAGAUAAAUAUAUUAUUUUCUUAAUAUUAUGCUUCCGUUAUCGGUAAUAACAUUUGUGUAUUAUAAUGAUGUCUACAGAAAAUAAUCUAGUCUAUCAUUAUUUUUAUUCGUUUUGUUUUCAAUAGCUUAUUUUGUGAUUGUUAAACUUAUUAUAUAUCACUGAUCAGAACAAUAAAAUUUCAUGAUUUGUUCCCAUGUUCAAUAUUGUUUACUUUAUACUAUCAUUGAUUAAUACAGAAAAGAUAUUUUGACAAAAAUUGCCUUAUAUAGUGCUUUUCCGUUUGUUAUUUUUAUGUAAUUGAACUUAAUUUCGGUUGAAAUCGAGAUUUUUGAUAGAGAGGAUAACAUCAUAAAUUUUGAUGAGCUGCCUACUUGUAUUUAGACAAAACUUUUGUCAAAUGAAA